UUAAUGUCUGGAAGAAAAGCGGCUAUCACGAGAUAAUUACUGAUGUGAAUGAUCCAGUUAUGCGGGGAGCGUUGCUUAUUCUAUACCCGCCGAUUCCUCCCGAAGGUUGGGUUGAACCGGGUUUAGAUCAAGUCGUUGAGAAACUAAACAGUUUGAAAGCGCUUGGAUUUGAACUGACCAACAACGCGAUCGGAGAUGCUCUGAUAUUAUUUGAGCGUAAUCUAAAAGAUAUAGGAGACACACUUAUCGAUGCGUUCGCCAACGUUCUUCGAAUGACGAAGGAAGACAUACUCUCUAUUUGUCUAAGGGAACUCUUGGAUCCGGAAAGAACGUUUGAACGCGAAGAUUCACUUGAAUUUGUCGUCAAUGCGAUUGAUACGCCCGAGGAGAAAAUUCUCUCUACAUUUAAAGAAUACGGUAUUGAGAAUCCCAUCGACGUAUAUCUAGACAAUAAUGGUUCUCUUCCUCAAGACUAUGCGUUUCUCAAAAAUUCACCUAUCGUAUACAAAUACAUGCUAGUAAAGUUUGGUGCUAGGUCUCGAAUUACUAGAUUUUUGAUGAAUGAGAUUACAACCGCACGCAUUGGGGAAGCCAAACUUCGUAAAUUCAAUCCGUCUCUCGUCUUGUCUUCCGUUACAAUCGCCGGGCUAUGGAAUGAAUUGGAAGACAUUUUUAAUAUAUAUUGUAUGGCAGACGUUCCUUUAGAACUACAAUUUUUACCUUUGAUAAAAACAUGUUCGAGUGACACAGUCAUCAAGUAUUUAUUUGAAGGAUACUUAACGAGACUGUUUGGAUUCGAAGUUGAAUUCCAACUGCCGGCUACAGUCCAAAUUCCGAUAUUAGAU